AAAGCUAAAGAAAUCAAUUCAGCCAUGCAGCUUUUGUCUGACGGAUGCUCCCUAGGUUUGGCACUCAUUCAGCUUUUUUUGAGGUUCACCACAUGGACGAGAGCUUUUUGCUGUGUUAAAAUUUCUAAGAUAUUAUGUCUUAUCAUUGCUGAUAAUAGGAGAAAUUGCACUUAAACUUGUCACUAUUCAAUAUAAUAUCUGUGAUAUAUACAUGUAUCUUUCUUAACUCCUUCUUCUGUUGUUAAUGCUAGGUAACAUUUUCCAAGAUGGGGGGAAACACAGAUCACACUGACUCCCUCUACGGUGGGUUUGAUCUUCUAAACGCCACCGACCUCCUCAACAUCACGGCCCCCAACAACUCCACCGCACUCCAGCUGCCCUACUCCCAGGCGGUCGACAAGAUCAUCAGCCUCGUCACCGUCGUCAUCCUCUUCAUCACCAUGGUGUCUCUUGGUUGCACCAUGGAGGUGUCCAAGAUCAAAGAGCACAUGCGCCGGCCCAAAGGUGUGGCCAUCGCCGUGGUGGCCCAGUACGGCAUCAUGCCGCUGACGGCGUUCGGCCUGGCCAAGGCGCUCCAGAUGUCUCCCAUGGAGGCGGUGACGGUGCUCAUCUGUGGGUGCUGCCCGGGAGGGAACCUCUCCAACAUACUGGCACUGGCCCUGCGGGGCGACAUGAACCUCAGUAUUGUCAUGACUACCUGCUCCACACUGCUGGCUCUGGGCAUGAUGCCCCUGCUGCUCUUCCUGUACUGCCAGGGCAUUUCUGGCCUGGAGAACGCCGUGCCCUACACUGGCAUCACACUCUCUCUCGUCCUGACCCUUCUGCCCUGUGCCAUCGGCGUGUACAUUAACCACCGUGUGCCCCAGUACUCCAAACUCAUAACAAAGGUAAGGUAGCUAAUUGAAUUCACUAAUUUGGUAAGACUAGGUCAUUUCUUGACCUCUCUGUCACAGCACCGCCAUUGCCAUGUCACUCAUUUCAACACUCACUCGGUACUCACUCAUGAUGAUGCAUGUUGUCAUGUCCGGCCCACAGACAUGACAAAUAACAGAAGUU